AUGGCGUACACCGACCUCUCAGCCCCGGCUAUGCCGCCGCCCCCGGGCGAGACCUCUAACUUCACAAACCCGCCGAACGGCAACGCGACGGGCCUGGGGGCCUUGCUGCUCAUGUUGAUCAUCUCCACCAUCUUCAUAUGUAUCCGCAUGUACGCAAAUGCAUUUAUCACGAAGAAAUUCUGGGUCGAAGAUGUCCUCGUUCUGCUAGGCUACUUAACAUUUGUUCUGACGGUUUGGACGGCCUUCAUGUUCGUCCAGUACCCCGGCUUCUUCGUCCACACUUGGAAUGUGACAGUCGGUGAUGAGAUCGCGGCUCUUUACUACGUCUUUCUCUUCGGCGUCUUCUACUCCAUCGCGCUGGCGUUUGUCAAGAUGUCGAUCCCCCUCGAGUGGUGCCGUAUCUUCGUCCCUCCCGGGACCUGGUCGACGAGUUACUUCUGGUGGGGCGCCAUGGCUGUUGUCGCUUUACAGGCCAUGUUUUUACCCGUCAUCGUGGUGCUGCUGAACGUCCAGUGCCUCCCACACGCCGCCAUCUGGGACAUAAGGCUGCUGCCAGAUGCCACAUGCAUUCCCCUGCCGACCCUGCAGAAGUUGUCAGCGAGUGUGCAUCUGGUCACCGACGUUGCCAUCCUUGUGCUGCCGCAGAAGAUCAUUUUCGACCUGCAGCUAUCGCUCCGAAAGAAAGCUGGUCUUGCGGUCGUUUUCGGGCUCGGCGCUCUCGGUGUGGUAUGCUCGGUGUUUAGGCUUAUUGACACUAUCAUGCUCGCUAAUGAGCCGGAUGUCUUCUUCUACACCGGACCUGUUGAGCUCUGGUGCACAGCCGAGGUGACGUGCGGGCUGUUCGUCGCCUGCGCCCCGACCCUCCCCCGCGUGAUCAAAGACACGCCGCUCCUCCGGCGCGUCUUCCGGGCCAGCACGAGACGCGGCGCCACGUCCUCGGACGGUCCCACCGCGAUUCGAACCACGGGUGGGAAGCGAGGAGGCGGCACCGACACGCUGGGGACCAAGCUCGACUACACCAAGAUGGACGAGGAGAACGAGUUCCACAUGAUUAACAUCACAAAGUCCGACUCGACCGAGGUCCUCCGCGAGGCCGCCAAGCCGGGUAUCACGAGGACGACCGACAUCACCGUCCACCACAGCGCCUCGCCGGAUCAUAAUGAUCCCCGCCCGUGGUCGCAUGUGUAG